UGGUGUCUGCUCUCCGCUGGCAUUACUGCGAUUGAGGGGGUCGCCGAUGGACGCCGCCGCACUGCAGUACGGCCGUAAAUUGUGGUAAUUGAUUUCAAUUUGUUCCACAUGCCGCUUGAGUGGAGAGCCCUUCGCCAACGAUGUUUGAAACGAAGCUGAAUCUCGGCGCGGCUCACAUGGUCGCGGAUUCCACCACCCUGGGAAUAGACGGACGAGAUGUGACCAAAACGAUGAUUUGCCGAGCCUGUCUGGUGCUCCUGGGCCCCCAGGAUGCCUGUUACAAUCUGGACAGUGAACAGGACUUGGCUAGAAAGUAUUACGGCUGCACUGGUGGCGAUCCGGGCAAGAAGUUCCGCCUGCAGGAUGAGGAUUUGCCACCCCAGUUGGUCCUGAAAAGCAUCUGCGAAUGCUGCUACAAACUGGUGCAAAAGUUCCACGACUUUCAACGCAUGUGCGAAGAGUCCUCGCGCAAUUUUGAGAAGCUGCUCUUGGACAUCGACUUUGAAUGCCUCAGGCAGCAGGAGGAUACCCUGAAAAUACCCGACUUGGACACCCCCUCGGAAAGUAACGAAUCCACCACUAAUCAGGAAGCCCAAAUGAACACAGCCUGCAUCGAAUCCACUGAGGAAAUUGAGGAAGUGUUAAUAAUCGAAGACGAGACUGCCAAUCGAGAUCUUGAAAAUGAGAAGAUACCCAUUUCGUCCCUUAGAAAUGUGACAGGGGAAAGGAAGCGAAGAGUGAGACACACCCUCAAGUGCAACGUUUGCCAUCGUGGCUUCUACAAAGCGUCGCUGCUGGAAGCCCAUAUGAAGCAGCAUGAGGGUUUAAAGCCAUAUACCUGCGUCCUUUGCGGCAAGAGUUAUGCGAGGUCCAAUCUGCUAGAUGCGCACCUGCGGGAGGUGCAUCAUAAUAACUCCGGGCGAGUAACCUAUCCCUGUCCAGCCUGCCAUAAAGUGUACACGGCCGACCGAAGUCUCAAAUAUCACUUAAAAAGGGCACACGAAAGGACUUGUAGAAUAGAAUCGCCCGAUUCCCUGCACAUUUGUGAAAUGUGCGGCAAAUCCUUUGUGCGAAAGGCACUGCUUACCCGCCACCAAAGAAUUCAUGAUGAAAAGGAGCAUCGAAAAUACCCCUGCGAAUUCUGUGACCAAAAAUUCUACACCAAGGAGAACAUGAGGGAUCACCUGCAGCGCAAACACGGAAAUAAGAAUCUACUAAGAUGCCGAAAGUGCGGACGCAUUUUCAGCAGCAGACUAUCCUUAUCCACACACCUGACGAUGCACGAGAAUUAUGUAGUUCAAUAAUUUGUUUUAUUUGUGGUUUCAAUAACAUCAAGCUAACUCAA